UUUCAAGAAAUUAUGUUAGUGGUGACAAAUACGAGAAAUAUUUGUAUUAUCGCUCAUAUAGACCAUGGAAAGACCUCUCUAUGUGAUCACUUAAUAGCAUAUUCUGGUCUAAUACCCAAGAGGGUUGCUGGCCAAAUGAAAUAUUUAGAUUAUCGAACUGACGAGCAGCAAAGGUUGAUUACUAUUCAGAAUAGCGCUAUUUUUUUUGAGUAUACGCCAGAAAAUGGGGAUAACACUUAUAAGAUAAAUUUGAUUGAUUCUCCCGGUCAUAUCGACUUUGGAAUCGAGGUUUCGAUCGCGACGAACGUUAGCGAUGGUGCUAUUCUUCUUGUAGAUGUUGUUGAGCGCUUGCAGCCUCAAACUAGAACCGUAUUAAGCGAAGCAAUCAAAGCUGGUUUGAAGGUAAUUUUGGUCCUGACCAAAAUUGACAGAUUAUUUAACGAGUUAAACUUAGAGCCUGAAGCAAUUUACGAUCAUAUCAAUCAGUGUGUGGACGAAGCAGGACGAGGUCCCUUGGCUGGUCCUUUAUAUGUUUCUGCUUUUAGUUUUUUUGAGCAUAAAAAAGAAAUCCUCAAGUGGAUUGAAAAUUUAGAUAAUAGUAAAAUUAUUUCUGAAAAACAUCGUGAAAAACUUUAUAAACAGAUUGUUUUACAAAGUGAAUCGUAUAAAUCUUUAAUUACAAUUGAAGCUUGA